UGUUCCCCUACUCAGCAAGUAAACCUCGAUAGUUCUUCAAUAUAUCCGAAAAGAACUCGCUUGCUCUCGAAAAAUUCGAUCUUUGGCUUCGUUUCGCUUCUGAAUCCUGCAACUAUGGUGCUCGAGGCGACGAUGAUCUGUAUCGACAAUUCGGAAUGGAUGCGAAACGGGGAUUACUCUCCUUCUCGCUUCCAAGCUCAAGCUGACGCUGUCAAUCUUAUUUGCGGUGCCAAAACUCAGUCUAAUCCAGAAAAUACAGUGGGAGUUCUCACCAUGGCCGGGAAGGGGGUUCGUGUUUUGGUCACUCCUACCAGUGAUCUGGGCAAGAUAUUAGCUUGCAUGCAUGGAUUAGAAAUAGGUGGUGAUAUGAACCUAGCCGCUGGCAUUCAGGUGGCACAAUUGGCUCUUAAGCAUCGGCAAAAUAAGAAGCAGCAGCAAAGGAUUAUUGUCUUUGCUGGAAGUCCUGUGAAGCAUGAGAAGAAAGUAUUGGAGAUGAUUGGAAGAAAGUUAAAAAAGAAUAGUGUUGCACUUGACAUUGUCAAUUUCGGUGAGGAAGAUGAGGGGAAGACAGAGAAGCUGGAAGCACUCCUUGCAGCGGUGAACAAUAAUGAUACCAGCCACAUUGUUCAUGUUCCAGCUGGUACAAAUGCUCUUUCUGAUGUGCUUAUAAGCACACCUAUUUUUACUGGCGAUGGUGAAGGUGGAAGUGGAUUUGCAGCUGCAGCAGCAGCAGCUGCAGCUGGUGGUGUAUCUGGAUUUGAGUUCGGUGUGGAUCCAAACUUGGACCCCGAGCUGGCUCUUGCUUUAAGAGUUUCAAUGGAAGAAGAGAGAGCCAGGCAGGAAGCAGCUGCAAAAAAAGCUGCAGAAGAAGCUUCUAAACAAGAGAAGGGUGGUGAGCAGCAAGCCAGCUCACAAGAUGCAACAAUGACUGAGCGUGCUAGUGCAUCAGCUUCAGAAGCUGAGACAAAGACAAAUGAUAUGAUGGAUGACGAGAAUGCACUACUACAACAGGCUCUUGCAAUGUCAAUGGAUGAUCCUGCGAUUAACCAGGAGGCCAAAGAUACAGAUAUGUCUGAAGCAGCUUCAGAUGAUCCUGAAUUGGCACUUGCUCUCCAAUUAUCGGUAGCAGAUAGUUCAAAGGACUCAUCUAGCCAGUCAGACAUGAGUAAAUUGUUGGCAGAUCAAUCCUUUGUGUCAUCUAUCCUUGCUUCGCUUCCUGGUGUUGACCCAAAUGACCCAUCUGUCAAAGAUUUGCUGGCCUCCAUGCAAAAUCAAUCUGAGUCUCAGCAGAAGAAUGAUGACAAAAAGCCACCAAGUGAGGAGGAAAAGAAGUAAUUUGGAGAAUCUCUUGGCUGCGUCGGGUUUCGAUUUCGUUUCCUUUGAUACAUAAUGGUAGCAUGUUGGAUUAUGGUUCUAGUAGAGGCAUGAAGCAUGUUGAAUGUAUUUCAAUUAUUGAUUCUCCUCUGCUGAUUGGAAAUGAUGUAUGUCUUAAAGAUUAUGAAUGAAGGAUUGAUCAGGUUAUAGAGGUUAUUAUUUGUCAUGCCUUAUUUUUUUCACCAUGGUAUUGAUAUGCAACGGGGGCAUUAAGGGGAAAGUACAUGGUCUUGUGGUUAAUGAACAUACCAUCCUAUUUUCAAGUUUUACUUUAAUUCCACUUUAAAGCUUUUUUA